AUGGAAUUGGAGCACCCCAAAAUGCAAGAAAGUACCCUUACGGGGCAAAAAGUGAAGAAACAAAGUGCUGGAUUAGAGUCAUCUGAUGCUCUUUCCAGUAAGUACCACUUUGGAUCAUUUCAUGAACUGCAAAAAGGUAUACCGAGAAAUGAAUCCACAGAGGAGAAGCUUCAAUGGAUACAAUCACAAAUCAUUGGUGGAAAUGUAGAAUUUGGCACCCCAUUUGGAAGACGAAGGCUUACUUAUGCUGAUCACACUGCCACAGGCCGGUGUCUUCGAUACAUUGAGGACUAUAUCAUCAAUCAUGUUCUUCCUGUCUAUGGUAACUGUCAUUCAAGUGAUAGUUAUGUGGGUUGCAGGAUGACAAAAAUGGCACAUGAAGUUGCUAAAUAUGUCAAGAAAUGCUUAGGGGGUGGAGAAGAAGAUGCAAUAAUAUUCUGUGGCUCUGGCUCGACAGCAGCUAUCAAAAGACUCCAAGAAGUAAUUGGAGUAGCUAUACCUUCGAUCAUAAGAGAAAAGGUCUCAAACUGUCUCGGAAAUGAAGAAAAAUGGGUGGUUUUUGUUGGUCCUUAUGAACACCACUCCAAUAUCCUCUCUUGGAGACAGAGCUUAGCAGAGGUCGUUGAGAUUGGAUUUGAUGACAAUGGCCUGAUUGACAUGGAAGCUCUGAGACAGCAACUCGAAUCAUAUAAGUCAAGAAACUGUCCCAUGCUUGGUUCUUUCUCGGCUUGCAGCAAUGUCAGUGGAAUUUAUUCAGAUACUAAGGCCAUAGCCCGACUACUCCAUCAAUACGGAGCAUUUGCUUGCUUUGAUUUUGCAGCAAGUGGUCCCUAUGUGAAAAUUGACAUGAGGUCAGGGGAAAGCGAUGGCUAUGAUGCUGUUUUUCUUAGUCCACAUAAAUUUUUGGGAGGUCCGGGUUCUCCAGGAAUCCUCCUGAUGAGCAAGGCUCUUUAUCACCUGAGAUCUUCAGCCCCAUCAACUUCUGGGGGUGGAACAGUUCAUUUUGUCAAUGGCUUCAGUGAGCAGGAUACAUUGUAUGUGAAGAAUGUAGAGGAAAGAGAGGAAGCAGGAACUCCGCCUAUCAUCCAGAAGAUCAGAGCAACACUAGCUUUUUGGGUAAAAGAAUACAUUGGUCACAAUGUGAUUGAAACAAUGGAGCAUAACUACAUUCAACAAGCACUUGAAAGGCUUCUUCCAAAUCCGAACAUAAAGAUUCUUGGAAAUGUAACAGAGAAGCGGCAAGCGGUCUUAUCCUUUCUGAUUUACUCUACUACAUAUUCUCCCUCUGCAGAAGGCAACGCUGAGGAUAACUUAGACAGGAACGAAACAUCAGGUCUCUACCUUUGGCGAGAAACAGGUAACAAGAAGGGCAAACCUCUUCAUGGCCCUUACAUUUCCAAGCUCCUCAGUGAUCUCUUCGGUAUCCAGGCUAGGGGAGGAUGUGCUUGUGCAGGGCCCUAUGGUCACAUGUUGCUCGAAAUUGACAGGGCUCAAUCACUUGCCCUGCGAUCUGCCGCUGAAAGGGGAUACAUUGGUGUGAAGCCAGGAUGGACGAGAGUUAGCUUUUCAUAUUACAUGUCUAAGGCAGAAUUUGAGUUCAUUUUAGCUGCAAUUGAGUUUUUAGCUAUUUAUGGACAAAGGUUCCUCCCAUUAUACCACCUCAACUGGGAAACUGGUGAUUGGAGCUUCAUGAAAAAAGCAUUAAAGGAGGCUGGAGAAGGAUAUAACUGUGACUUCAAUGGUACAUCAUUAGCCAAUUUGAUCAAGGACUUCAACCUUGGGUGCAAUGACUCAAAAGAAAACAAAGAUAAGGAAACUACAGAAGCAGGACUUGAGUGCAAGUAUGCUAAGUAUCUGGAGACUGCAAAGCACAUAGCAGUUAUGCUUCCAAAGUUUCCAACUCAACGUCGAAUACCAGAAGAUAUAGAUCCCAGCCUACUAUCUUUCAGAGUUUAG